ACGCAACUUUUGUCUUACUGCUGUGCAACUGAGAAAGUACUCUAAUUUUGCAGAGCAGUGUCAUCUUUGAAAAAGGAAAACUACUUGGGGCCAGCCCUCACUCAUCAGCCAUGCUUUGGCAGUGACCCACAUACAAAAUGGAAGACGGGCACAGAUGUUAGUUCAGGGCUAAUCUUCCUCAAGCAAAAAAAAAAAAAAAAAGGAAGAUUGGCAACAGAUGUUAGCUCAGGGUGAUUCUUCCUCAGCAAAAAAAAAAUGGAAAAGAACACUAACUUUACUAUAGUAAAUUUAGUCAGUUUUAUAGAAUGUACACAUCUGUUCACCUAAUCUUUUAAUAAAUCUCAAAGGAUAGGAAUGAGGAUGCGUUUUCAAAUAUGGGGACUCUGAACAUUGUUUUUAGAAUGAAGUAACAACUUUCAUUCAAGAAAUAGUGAAGCCCUGUUAUAGGUUAAGCCUCAUUAGGUUUGAAAGAUGAGUAAACACUUGGAGCUUAAAUAUGGUGGGGCAGCUUAAUGUCUAGACCUCUCUCUGAUUAACGGGAGAAUGAAAUAAGGACUAAAGAGUGGGACUAACAUCUGUGCUGUAUCUAAGCAGGGUUAGAGCACUUAAUUUUGCCUUGGGAAGUUCAGGUAUCACCUGGACUGGACUUGGAUGGUAUCGAGUUAUAUAUUAAAAACAUAGUUUAUUUCCCAUAAAGGCCACAACAUGUGAUGAGGCUGAUAUUUAGAUAUAGAUAAGUUUGUAGUGAGGAGUGGUUUUCUAUAAUAAGAAAUUAACUCCUUUCCCUGAUUUUUCUACUGCUCUAAUGUUAGGCCCUUCAGACGGCCCCAGGGUAGCCUGGGCAGCUUGAUUUUUGAGGUCCCUCCUUCCUUCUGUUCUGUUGGAGCCAAUGGAUUUUAAUUAUUUGUUAUUUUUUCUAAAUAGUGCAUAAAGAAUGAAAAUCCAGAUAACAAUGUCCAAAUUGUUUAUAUUAUAGAAUGACAUCGGGUACAGCUACAAAAUCAAAAUUGUUAUGUCAUUCAGUGUAUGAUAGUACUUUUGGACUAAAUAUCUUGAACAAGGCCUAAAUUUUUAAAAAUAGCAUAUAAUUAAUACCUAACAUUUGAAAUUUUAAAAUAAGACAUAUAAAAAUAUAAACAUAAAAAAUAUCCAGAGCUGACAAAUAUAAUCAUAGUCUAUUAACAAGUAAAAAUGAAUUGGGAAAUAUUAAUAUUGUAAACCAUAAGUAAAACUAAUGAGAAAAAGGAAAAUACAAAAGAAAACUUAUUAUAAGGCAGACCAUAAUAUAAAAGUACAAUGAAGAAAUAGAUUUAAAACUUUACUAACCAGGCUAUGUAGUUAUAAUAUUCAAGUUUUCAAAUUAAACUAUAGGCAUAAUAUGGAUGACCACUCAAAGGUACUACUUCAAAUAUAGAGAUAAUGUAGAAGCUCAUUUGAAGUUGAUUUUUCUGUGAGUUGUCUAUAAGAAACUACUGUUCCUGAUUGAUGCAAUGGCUUGUCAUUUGAGAACUGUACACAGCCGUGGGUGGGGAACAUAUAACUCCUAGAGAAAGAUAUGAGUGAUAUCUCUAAGGCUGAAAUGAAUGUUCGUGAAAAGGUCCCAUUUGCUCCACUGCACAGGUUUGCCACAAUUUGCAGGGAGAAUGUGCAACCCCUUCAAAUUUGAGAUUAUGGUCAGAGCUAUCCUGGCGCCUCCUCUGGAGGCCCGUGUUAAUGGUACGACUACUCACCUAGACCAGUGGUUCUCAACUGCAAGUGGGUUUGCCCCCUAGGGGAGACUUGACAAUGUCUGGAGACAUUUUUGGUUCUUAGACUGGGGGUGCUACUUUGAGUGGUCAUCCAUAUUAUGCCUAUAGUUAGUUGUUCAGUGCCUUAUUCAUUAUUUAAUAAAUAUUUGUUGUAUUGAACUAAUAUUUACAGAAGGAGGAUUUAUAACCAUUAUGAGCAACCUCUGGUUUUACAUUGCUAUUUUAUACACCUAUUGGCACUUUUUUCUGAUACAUAAAGAACAAAAACCUAGUUCACAAUGUCCAAAUAGUUCAAAAAAUGUGACAUUGGUAGAUAAAAUAGAUUUUUUAAAACUAAUAGAAUUGUUAUCUGAGUGUUUUCUUGUAGUGUCUAUAUUACUGUUACUAAUGGGAUUUCUCUGGUGUUCCUUAUUUUUUGUCUUCGUGAUUUUAAAAAAUAAAUCUAGUUUAGCAUUUAUUUUUUAUGCUGCGCAGUUGAGAUUGACAUAGAAGGGUUUCUAGUGCAAAAGAUGGAAGCGUCCACACUGAAAACUAGGUAAUUAUACUGUUAUUAGUAGGCAAGUACAUAAGUAACCAGCACGACAAAGCCCUGGAGGGGGAUACUCUUUACCUCUAUGCGAGCUUAAGCCAUCAGCAGGAGUGAUACACAGAAGUCCCUUUUCAGUUCUUAUAAGAGCUAUUCUGUAGCGUACUAAUUAGGGAUUCAGUGCCAUAAAGCUCUGAAAGAUCUAAGGAACUAGAGAGUUAUUAAAACAUUGAAUCCCCUUUAAGGUAGUUAACAUUAAAUGAAGUAGAGAAUGUCUGCCAUCAGGCAAGAGAAAUUGUGUAUUUUGCCAGCUGCAUUAAAUUUUUGGAAAAACCCAGCAGAAUAAAAUCAUCCAGAUUGUAUAUGUGGGUGGGGUCAGAGAAGAGAGUGUAUUCAUCCAAGAAAAAUUCAGAGGAAUUGCUAAAGUUUCUUUUAAAACUAAUGAAUUCCUACCAUGCAUUCUAGAGGGCUAUCUUUUGCAAAGAAACCCCAAGAUUACAGUUAAAUCUAAAUAAAGAUUGUAAAUACCUGUAGGCUAUGGUCCAGUAGACUGGAAGACUGCAAACUCUGACACUUAGGAUGUGUCAUUGAUCUCAUUAUCUCCAUCCAAUAUUCAGGGAAAGUAAGAGAUCAAUAAAUCUUUCUUGCACUCAGUUAAACUUAUGUGACAGAGGAGGCCUAAACAGUUAACUCUGGUAUAAAGAAUAAUACUUCUUUCCUCAACCCACCUUGAAUAAGCAAAGGCAAAGUAUUAAUUAUGUCUUCAAAGGGAAAGUGCUGUAAAUCCAAGGUAGUGUUAACAUUUUCAUUGAUAGUCCAGACUUUCUUGUCUACUUGUGAUUAAACUACUCUCUAGACUUUGAAGGAAAGUGAGCAGUACUUAGAUCUGGCUCUGCCCCACCCUAAUUCUGACAUCAGGAAGGGUCACAAGUGGCUGGUCCGUGGAAUCACUAGAGACAGGGUGAAAAGGAAAUUCACCAGGAGACCAUUCCAAAAUCUAACUUUGGUUUUCGGCAUAACAUUAGGUUGUUGAAGAAGAACAUUGCCAACAGGCCCUUCUGGCAAAAAGAAAUAUAAAAUGAGGUGUUCUAUUUUAAGAAAAAAUAGGCCCAUAAAAGACAAGCUAUCGUGUGUCCUACAUAGCGACAAUGAGACAUAUUAAAAAAAUUAUUUGGUAUUUAUCUGAAAUUCAAAUUAAACUGGGACAUCUAGUUUUUUUUCCUUUCUAAAUCUGGCAACCCUAUAUUCAUAUAUUCCUGAUCACAAAGAAGUGUAAUAUACACUAUUCUGGUGGUAAUAGAAAAUGGUUACGUCCAAUUCAAGUUUGUUCUACAUUUUUUGAAUUACAAGGCAGUGAUAACCCAACUGUGCUAAGGGAUUGUUUAUAGAAUUGUGAAAUUAAUACAGGAUUAUUGUAAAAUUUUUAAUUAAAAAACUACUCACAGCACCAUAUAUGUCUCACCAAGGAACUUUCAUUAUUGCUGAAGUAAGUUGGUAUGAGCUCAGUUAAAUACCCACUAUGACACGUACCUCACUUGACUUAGGCCAAGAACAGUCAUUGCUGCGCUUGAUAAGACAUUGAGUGGCACUGGAAAUUUUUUUCUGGCAGAGCAUUGCAUGUGGUUAUGAGAUGGGCAUACCACCUUUUUGUGUUUUGGGGCAUCUGAAAUCGAGGACUUCAGAAUGAGACAUCAAUCUAUUUCACAUACUACAUAAUAAUGUUGAAGCAAUUUUAUUUCUUUAAAAAAGCACUACAGGAUGGAUUAGAAGAUAAUACAUUUUUGACAUUAUGGGACCUUCUAGAGUCCUGGAUUUCUCAAAAUGAUUGGAUAGCAGUCUUCUUUAUAGUUUUCCUAGGAAUUAUUUUUGAGAUAGUACUCAUAAAGAUUUGUACAUCCUUUCAAAAGAAGCCUACGCUUGCAGAAAAGGGUAGUUCACAUGCCCAGGAGAAGGAAGACAGUUGCCUGAAAAGCACGAAAUUUGAUAAUUGGUCAAUUCAUUCAUCUUCAGAAGAAAGAGUUGAUGACUUUUCAGAAGGAACAAGUACUUCAUCACUUACAUCAGAAGAAAAUGAAGGUUACCUCGAAGAUACAGUUUUAUCAGCAGAUGAAAUAAUAUGGGAAGGUACCAGUGAAAGUAAAUAUCAAGUAAGUCACUUUAGUGAAACUCAUAUGCUAUCUUCAAAUGGGACUAGCUCGUCUUUGUCACUGCUUCAUUCGGAAGUAAAGGAAAUUUCUCUAAGCCAUAGAGGGAAUCCAGAAAAGGAACAUGAAGCAAUACAAUUUUCAUCAAAGAAAUUAUUUUCAAUAAUGAAAGCCAACAAAAAUAAAAAUGUAGUGUUUUCUUCUGACUUUAACUUUUCAAGAACUUCUAGAAUCACUAUAGAAAGUGAAGAUCUAGAUGUGGCACCAUGCCCUCCAGCCCAUUUAUUUCUUUCUAGAGACCAAGUCAGACUUCUGGAAGAAAAUGUGAGAAAUAAAAUUCCUUUAAAAUCCAAAGCUGUCUUAGAGAGUAAAACUACUUAUCUGUACUUAAGAUCUCAAGAGUCCUUGAUCCAGAAUCAACAUUCUGUUAGAAUGGACAUUUCUGCCCAAGCACAAGGUUCUUUUCCAGGACAAAAUGCUAUUCAGAAUCAAGGUUUUUAUGAAGCUCAAUUUACUAGCCAAGCCCAACAAUUUGUUAACAACCAAGAAUCAAUCAACAGCCAGCCUGAUAUAGAGGCCAGGUACUUUGCUGUGCCUCAAGAUUUGAUGGAGAAACCAUUUUCCAGCAGCACACAAGAUUCCUUCCAGACCCAAGUUAUGGACAGGAGCCAACAUUUGGUCAAAGUCCCACAUUCUGUUCAGACUCAAGAUUCAAUCAAAGGCCUAGAAUCUAAUAAAAAACAGUUAGAUGAGGCCCAAUAUUCUGUUUGGUUUGAAGAUUCAAGUAAGAUUAAAUAUUCAAUCCAUGAGCAAAAUACUAUUUUUAAGAAUGCUGGAUUUCUAGUUUUAACUCUAAGUCCAAAAUCAGUUGCUGAAAAGAUGCCGCAACUAAAGAGUAUAAAGCCAAAGGGCCAGAAACAAAUUCCUCCAUCAAAAUUAAACCACUAUUCUGUGUAUGGCUCAGUGCCUCUUUCACCCACCAGAAGAGAGAAAAACAGAAGAAAAACAUUACACAGUAAAAGUAAAUUUAGUCUCAAAUUUUCAUCUCAAACGUCAAAGAAAACACCAACUUCACAGGUAUUUCAAAUCAUAGUAUGUCACACUUCAAAACGUAGCAAGUUAGGAUGCAAGUAUAACACUAAGAAGAAAGAACUACGUCAAAGGAAAGGUACAUCAGAUAUAGCAUUGCAUCUUAUUUAUGUUUCCAAGCUUGUUCCUCCUUAUAUUAAGAAGUAUUCUAGAAAAAAACUAGUGAAAGUUAUGCCAGGUUUAACAGAAAGUAGAUAUCUUGUGCUGAAGCAAAAUAAGUCACUAGAUGCAGAGAAAGUCAAUUAUGCAGAGUCUAUUGAGAAAAGAGGAACCUCGGGCCAUACUAAAAAUGUAAAACAGCAUGGCAGAGACAAGAAAGGACUGAAAAAUAUUUCACUGAAAAUUCUACCUCAGCUAAAACAGUAUUCCAGGGUCAACACUUAUCAACUAAAAGCACCUUGUUUUUUAUUACUAGAAAGAAACUGGAAGAAUAAAGAGUCUCUUAAAGACCCAAUUACACAAGCAAAGGAAAUUGGUAUUGCAGAGUUUCAUGCCCCAAAUAGUAAAAAAACAUCUGACCUGCCUAUUGCAAAGCAGGAGAUGCCUUUAGAAGAAGCUAUAUCAGAACCUUUGCAGAAAUUUGUUUCCUCUCCAAAAAUGGAAUUGAACAGAAGAAUGAAAUCACGGGAAGACCUAAAAAGUACAAAGAAUUCCCAUCUUCCACUUUCAAAUGGAGACAAGUUACCAACUAGUACGCCAGAAAUGCAGAGGUGCUGUCCAAAGGUAAAUACACAAGAACAAGAAGAUUUUCUGGAAAUUGUUCUGGAGUCUUCAGAUGUCAAUUUUCUCAUUUCACUAGGAACCAAAAAGCGUGAAAGCAGUGAACAAUUAGCAGGUGUAAAAACUCAAGAGAGUACAGAAGAUGUAAUUCUGAAAGCAAAGAAACCAUUAAUACUUAAUGUUACAGAAGAUAGUAAUCUAAGUGAAAGUGAGGAACUGGAAUGCAACGCUAGAAGCAACAUAAAAAAUAUGCAAGAUAAAAGAAUAUCUGAUGCAUUUCACAAUGCCACCAACACUACCAUUUCUGAACUACCUGAUGUGGAAAUGCUUAGCAGAUUAAAAGCCAAGACGGAUACAUCAAGAAUAGGGCUUAGUCAUUCAGUGGUAAAGCAAGAGAAAUUACCAGAAGAAAAGAAAAUAUGGAAAGCAAAAUACACUGAGAAGAGAGAUAAAUUUAAAAAGCCACAAGAACAUGACAGAGAGGAUGAGGAACAAGCUUUACAAGAAGCAGUUCCACAGCUGCCACAAGAUUUCAGAUUCAGCCUACAACUAAAGCAGAAGUCCAAAUACAUCAAAUUUGAAAUAGAGCGGAGCAGUUCAGGAAGUAGAAAAACUCAAAAUAAAGAGCAAGAGGUAAAACCAGAAACUCUUUCUACGGAAAUGAUUUUGGGUACUAAUCCACACCCAAUGAUGGAUCCAUUUGAAGUUGAGAAUGUGAAGCAAAGCACAGACAGACCUACAGGCAGAGAAACUGCAGAUCCAAAGAAUCCUCUUGCAGUGCCAGAGAACUUACCAGUUGGUGAAGUUUUAAUUGAAACAACAGAAUGUGGUGUCCUAUUUGGUGGAAGCCCCAAAAAGACACUGGAUGAUCAUAUUGCAGAAGAAAAGGAAGACUUAAAAAGAGUUUUACCUGCAGUUGCCCUGGGGUCUUUCAUUAUCCACAUGCUUCCUUUAUCGUAUUUUAAAAGGCAGAAAAUCAGAAAAAAAAUAUUGGGAACAAAAACUGUACUCAGUCCCAAAUGUGUAAUUAUGAAAGUAAAGAAGCCAGCAAAAUUACUGGUGCCUGAUAUCAAUAGACAUAGUACUCUAAGUCAUAGAAAAAGAUUGAGAGGCAAUUUUAAAAUCAUAAUUAAACAGAUGCUGCAAGAUAACAUUGUGGAAGAUGUGCUUCUGAAUGUUCUGUACCCUCACAUGUCUUUUUUGCCUCAUAUUAGAACUCACAGCAGAUUAAAUGCAGAGAAUCACAGUCAUACGAAGCUAAAACAAGAGAAAUCACAAGUUGAAAGGGAAGAAAAGUGUUCAGAUUCCAUUAAUAAAGGAAGUGACUCUGGAAACACACUAGAAGAAGCUAAAUUGCAAGAUGAAGUGAGAGGGGACAAAGAAGCUCCACAGAGAGCAGUCCUUCAUGAUAGCUGGAACCUUAGGUUGGAUGCAUAUCCAGAGAAGAAGCUUAAAACAGAGAAAGAAAUGCAUCAAUCAGUCACAUCUGCAGAAACCACUAUGGAGUCUAUUUACUCCCCCAUAAUGGAUCCAUCUCAUAUUGAGAACAUGAAAAGCCUAACAACACAAACAGACUUAAAAUGCAAUGCAGAUUCUGAGAUGCCUCCUCCAACAUCAGAAAAGUCACUGAUUGGAGAUCCUUUAAACCAAACAAGAGAAAGUGAUGUUCCAGAUUAUGGAAGUAAUACAAAGGAAAUGGGUUACUGUUUUGCAGAAAUAAAGGCAGAAUUACCAAAAGAUUUACCAGCAACUUUCCCAGAGACUUUUAAUUGCCACACGCCUGUUUUAACUUAUUCUAAAGUGAAGAAAAACAGAGUAAGAUUCUCGCACAUAGAAUGUACGGUGAGGCCCAAGUCUGUACAUAUGAAGGCAGUGAAGCCAUCAAUUUCACAAACAUUUAAUAUCACGGAUCAUGGAAAGAAAUUGGAAUCCAACUUUAAGGCCAAGUUUGAAAAGAUCAACCAAGCUAAUGGAUUGCUAUUUGAAUUUCUAAAUACCCUUUACUCUCCUUUGCAUAACAGAUUAGAAGGAGAGACAGACAGGUUCUGUCACGCUCUGUUAAAGCAAGGGGAACCAGCAGAUGAAGGGAGACCACGGUAUGCUGAUUUCUUUGAUAAGAAUAGUGCAUUCCAUGACAGAGAAGAAAAAGUGCAAGAUGGAGGGGAAGUGGAGCAAAAAACUUUGCUAGAAGGAGCUCCACAGCAUACCCGAUACUUCUGGCCUGAUGCAUGUCAAGGGAAUGAGACCCAUCUUGAUGAACCAGACCCAGCACUAGACUGUUUAACACAGGAACUGCCUAUUAAUGAGCAAGACGUGCAGCACCAAACAUACUUUACACAAACUGCUUUGCAGACUGGCCUCCAGAUGGGUUCUAGCGAAGCUGAUGAACUCCAGAAAACCAACAAAACAGAAAAUGACAUAACAGCCCCUACGGGUCCAAAGAUUCUACCUUCCAAAGCAGGGAACCCAUCACUUGCUAAACUUUUGAACACUACAACAGAGUGUGGCUUACCAUCUGGUAGAAACCCUAAAAGGGAACUAAAUUCUUCUUUUGUCGAAGAAAAUUCAGAGUUACCAAAAGAUUUGCAAGUGACAUUCCUGCAGUCUUCUGAUUCUGUUGAGGCGUUUGCUUCUAAAUCUAAAAGAAAGAAAAAAUCAUUAAAAUUAGCAAAGAAGCAAACAACAGUGAGUCGCAGAUAUAGAACUAUGAGAGAAGAAAAGCCAUCAAUUUCACGUAUGCUUGAUGGCAGGCAGAGCAAGGAACUGCAAUGCAAUUUUAAAGUGAAGAUGAAAAAUCCACAGCAAAAUAAAAAUGUAACAGAUGCAUUUUUGGAUAUUAUUCAUUCCAAGGUACCUAUUUUGCCCAACGUCAAAAUGAAUAGCAGAUUAAAUGUGGAGACAGAUAUGCAAAAGAUAAUAAGACUUGGUCAGAUGCAGCUAAUGCAAGAGAAAUUGCCAAAUGCAAGGAAAGUAUGUAGCCCAGAUUCUAUUGAUAUGAGUAGUUUACCUAACAGUGUGAAAGAUGGGAAGGAGGAGGAGGGGGAACAUGAAGCUUUACCAGCUCCAGAGAAUAGCCAAGGCUUCAUGGUCGAUGCAUAUCAGAAGGAUUAUGACCUUGUCAAAUCAAAUGAGAAACUGGAGGAACCAGGAAGUAUAAAUAUUCAGGUACAACCACAAACACAUUUUACACAAACUAUUUUGAGUUCUGUUUCAUGCCCUAUAUUGGAUCAGUUUCAAUUUGGAAAGCUAGAGAGCUAUGCUAGGUUUUCACCUCCAAAGUCAAGGGAAGCAAAGAUUGAUAAAAUCGUAUUUUCUGCAAGAGAAUGUGGUGUUCCAUCUGAUGCAAUCAAUCAAAAGGAACAGGCUGGUAGCAUUGAAAAGAAAAAGACUGUGACUUCUGAUUUCUGCUUGUCUGCUUUAUCUACAUCUAAAAGCAAGAGAAACUUCAAACAAUAUUCAGAAAUGAAAACUUUAGUGAAUAUCAAAUGUGGAAUUUUAAAAGCAAAGAAACCAUUAAUCUCACAUAUACUCAAUAUCAAAGGUGGUGCUAGCCCAAACCAUAGAAAAGAAUUGGGAUGUAACUUGACAACCAAAGUGAAAGAGGUGGAUCAAGAUAAAAAUACAGCAGAUAAAAUGUACUCCUUCAUGACUAUUACACCUGACAUUAAUAUGUAUAGCAAGGUAGAAAGAGAAAAAGACAUCUUGGAAGAAAUAAGACUCAGUUCUAAGCAAGUAAAGCAAGCAAUAUCACCACAUGGAGAGAAUAUUACUUUAGAUGACACCAAAGAAACCAAUAUUCAAGAUAAAGAGGAAGAAGAAAGUGAACAGGAGAUGUUAUUAAAAGUAAUUCUACAGCACAGUCAACAUUUCAUAUUCUGUUCAGGCCAGAGGGAGGAGCUUGACCCCCAGAAAUCAGGAAACCAAGAAAGUGGGAAAAUUAUAUUUGUUACAGAACAAGAUGUCCCACAAGAAAUACAGCCUACAGAUCCAAUGCAGGUAAAGAGGCCAAAGAAAAGCCUCCAUACACAAAAUGCUAUAACACAUACAGCGAAUUCAAAGCUUCCUCUUCUAAAGGAAUCACUAAUUGGUCAAGUUUUAAUUGAUGCAAUGAGAUGUGGUGUCCCAAGUGAUGGGAGCCACACGGGAGAACUGUACAGUCGUAAAGAGGAAAAGGCAGAGUGUGAAAAAGAUCCCCAGGCCACUGUCCUGGAGUCCUUGCAUGUCUCCACCCCUGAUCUACCUGAAUCUAAAAGGCAGAGAAAGACAUUUACAUGUAGAGCCAUAAAAAGUAAAAUGAGUCCCAAGUGUGUAAUUAUGAAGGCACGGAAGGCACCAAUUUCACAGAUAUUUAAUAUAUCAGGGAAUGGUUGUCUAAAAAACGUACCUCCAAAGACCCUGAAAUCACACAUUAUUGACUUUUUAAUUUACUUAAAAUACUCCAGGGUACUGGAAGAUCUUACUAUAGAGAGAAAGGAAGGAUUAGCACAAGAAUUACCAGCAGUGAUUCUGGAGUCUUGGGAUUUAUCCACACUUGCUUUACCUGUGUCAAAAAGGAGAAACAAUUUAAAACUUAUGGACAAGAGAAAUAAAAUGAGUCUCAAAUAUGUAACUUUGAAGGCAAAGAAGGCACCGAUUCCCCAGAUAUUUAAUAUCAUGAAACAUGGUACAACAAGCCAUAGAAGGCAAUUUGAAUGCAACUUCAAAACCAUGAUGAAACAAGGUAAACCUGUGGCAGAUAUAAUCCUCAAGGCCAUUUCCUCUCCCAUUCCUGUUUCAGUUGAUAGGAAAAUGCGUAAUAGAAUGACAGCAGAGACAGACAUGCUAUGGAAAACGAGAUUCAGUCAUGAACUGCAACAGCAAGAGCAAUCACCAGGUGGAGGGAGAGCCUGGUGUGCCGAUUCCAGUGAUAAGAGGGGCAGUGCCUCAAAUGGCACGGAGGAAGUCAAAGCCCCAGGUGGAGAAGAAGAAACACAGAAUUCUCAACACUUCAGUUUCAAUGCGCACAAAACGAAGGGGUCUUACUCUGUGAAAUCAGAUCUAGAACUGAAGAAUUCAGUGAGAAAAAACAUCCCAGAAUCACUUACCAUAGCUCAGGAGCUGCAGCAACAAAUACUUUUCACACAGAGUAUAUUACAUUCUAUUUCUUGCUGUCUUUUGAAUUCACUUCCAUUUGAGAAGUUACCAAAAAGAACAAAAACCCAAAAAGGCUUAAAACACACAGGGAGUCCAAAGAUUUUAUCUCCAAUGCCAGGGAAAUCAGUUAGUGAAUCUUUAAUUGUUACAGCACAGAGUGACAUCCCAUCUGAAAGAGGCUCUAGGAAGGAACUUGCUAGUUCUAUUCUAGAGGGAAAGAUAAAGUUACAAAAGGAUUUACAAGCGAGAACCCUACAGUCUUUUGAUUUCUCCAUGCCAGCUUCAUCUGAACUUAAAGGGUGGAGAAAUGCAGCACAAAUCCCUAAGCCCAGAACUGGGAAAGCACAGAUGGUGUCAGUUUUAAAGACAAUCAAUAUCACUAGGUCUGGUGCCCUUAGCCAUGGAAAGGAACAGGACCGCGUCUUGGAAGAUAUGGCCAAAGAAAUAACUCAAGGCAUGUCAAAUAUAUUUCUGCAUACCUUUCUUUCACCUACACCUGUUUCACCUGCUAUCAAAACGCAUAAAAAAGUAAAAGCAGAGAAAGGCCCGUUAAGGAAAAAAAGCAUUGUUACACAGCUAAAACAAAAUGAUGGGAAAAGACUGUAUACAUCUUCUGCUAAUAAAUGGAGUAUCUCAAGCAACAUGUCAGAAUCAAGAUGGCAAAAUGAAAAAGAAAAAGAGGGAAAUGAAGUUUUAUUUGACACAGAUCUACAAUUCCUGAGUAGUAUAAGAAGUAGAAAAGAUCAAAAUAUGCCUAUUACAGAGCAAGAAGUGCAGCAACAAAUGCUGGUUUCAGAAAAUAUAUUGGAGUCUAUUCGUCCUCCUCUGAUGAUUCCAUUUCAAACCAAAAAGCUGAAGAACAUCCCACCACAAAAAGACAUACUAUAUAGGAUACAUGAAAAGAUUCCAUGUCCAAAAUCAGGGAAAGCUAUGUUUGACAAUCUUUUAACUGAUGAAAUAGAGUGUAGUACUAUGUCUGAUAGGAACCCUACAGGGAAGCUGCAUGUUCACAAUGCAGUUUCCCUACAACUUGAAAAAGAAGAGGUGAACAGAAAAACUCAAAAGGUAAUAAAAUGCACAGUUGAUCAAAAUAUCCCACCAACCAAGUCAGAGAACUCAGUGCUUGGAGAUCCAUGUGAUGAAAACUCUAGAAGAAAAGUGGGUGGUCGUAUUGCCAAGAAACAUAAAGAGUUGCAAAGAGAUUUACUAACAAUGUCCACGACGUCUGUUUUAUUUGAGUCUAAAAGGCAGAAAAAGUUAUUUCAAUUUCCAGAAAGGAAAGCUCUUAAGGGUCCCAAACGUGUAACCAUGAAGGCAAAGAAGCCUCUUUGUUCACAGAUACUUAAUAUCACUGAGCAUGGUAAUCUAUACUGUAGAAAAGAACAGGAAUACAAUUUAAAAUCUACGAUGAAAGACAUGCAACCAAAUGAAAGUAUAACUAACGUAUUUUCAUCUCCCAUACCUGUUUCAACUGAUAACAAAAUAGAUAUUGAAAUGCAUCACACACCAAAAACAGAGAUGGAUCUACCAAGAGUAAAAAUACACAACCAUACCUAUUUAGAGCAAGAGAAAUCACCCUGUGAUGAGAAAGCAUGGAAGGCCAAUUCGACUGAUACACAAAGCAGAUCAAGCAACAUAAUGAAAAUGAAUGUACAACAUGAAAAGGAAGGGAAAAAUAUCCAAAAAAUGUUAUCAGAAUCAGUUCCACACUUCCGUUUCAGUGCCCAUUAUGUGAAAAAUCCUGGCCCUUGCAAAUCAAAAUCUGAACUGAAUAGUUCAGAAGAUAGAAGGACUGGGAAUUUAUCUUAUACAGUGCAAAAGAUGAGGCAAGAAAAACACUUUAGAGAAACUGGUCUGGAGCCUGUUUCUAGACACAUGAUGAAUGUUCUUCAAGUUGACACAGUGAAAAAAAGUCCUCAUACCCAAGAAGGAAUAAAAUGUAUGGUAGGUCUAAAGACUCCAUUUCUAAAAGCAAGGAAAUCAGAGACUGGUUCAAUACAAUGUGAUACUCUCUGGGAUGGGAAUCCUAGGAGGAAAUAUGAUAGUCUUAUUUCUGAGAAAAAGGCAUGGAAUCAAAAUGACUUAGCAAGAACAGUCUUAAAACCUUUAAAUUUUUUUAGCCUUGAUUCAUCUGAACCCAAAAGCCAGAGCUACACAUUAGAAUUUGUAGGCAAGAAAAGUAUAAUGAGUCCCAAGCAUGUAACUUUGAAGGCAAAGAAACUACCAAUUUCACAGUUGCUGAAUAGCGUAAUUAAAGAAAGCCACAGGAAAAAAAAGCAGCACAAAUAUGAGUACAAGACGAAAGAGAGGCCAUGGAGUGAAAGUGUGGGAGAGACAUUACACAGGAAAAAACUUGGAUCCAAUUUAAAAACCAAAAAGGAAGAGAUGUGGGAAGGUAAAAAUGUGGUUGAUACAUUUCCAAAUACCAUUUACUUCACAUCAGAUACCUGUGACAUUAAAAGGCAAAGCGAACUCAAAACAGAGAUAGACAGAGUAUCAAGGUUUAGUCAUGUACAACUAGCACAAAUGGAGUUGCCAGUUGAAGGGUUAGUGAUUUCACAAUCACUUAAUGCUGCAGGUCAUGCUGCUUUAAGCAAUGAUAAGGAACAGGAACAGAAGACCGAUGUCGAGAGAGAUAAAACUGUAUUAUAUGUGGACCUGAAAUCUAUACAUGCUUCUACGCCUAUUCCACUGCACAUAAAAAUGGAGCAAUCACCUAGUACCUGGGAUAUCUGUGAAGAAUCUUCUGAAAAAAGAAAUGCCUUAAACAAAGCAAAAGUUAGGAAGAAAGAAAAGUAUGGACCACAGGUUUUGCUUAGAACAGCUCCACCCACCCAGCCCUUUGAGUUUGGAGCGGAUCAGAGGAAACAACAAAAUACAAUGCUGCCUUUAGAAUCAUGCAGCAACACUGCAAAAUAUCUGAAUGUUUCAUUUCCACAAGGAAAGAAAUCAUCGGAUGGGGCACAGAUAAUUGAUUCAAUAUCAAAUGGUAGCUCCCCCAAGCUAAGAGUUAGAAAGAAGGUGCAAUCAUGUGAGACAUAUCAAAAGGUACAAAAAGAAGCAUGUCUACCUAGAAUAUUUUUACAUUUUCUUUCUGUCUGUAGGCCUGUUUUGUCUGAAAGUAAAAGACAAAAGGAUAGUGUAAAACAAGGAAUUAAGAAAGGCAUAAUAUGCCCCAAAAGAACUUUGAAGUUGAAGAAAUCAGUAUUUUCAAAGAUACUCGAUACCACUGACUAUGGUACCCCAAGCAACAGACUAGAACUUCAGUGGAACAUAAAAGACAAAAUAGUAAAUAUGAAACAUAGAAAGGGUAAAUCUGAUUUGGUUGUGGCAAACAUAUGUGAGUUUAUUACUUCUUCACCUCACCUCAAAUUGAAUAAAGAGACAAUUGAUGGGAUUAUCUCAAAUAAUGUAAAAAGAACAAAGCAACAUGUAUUGCAUAAAAAGGAGAAAGAUAGAAUAAAAGGAGUCAAUAUGAAAGAAAUAAUGGAUCCCAACAUUAUUUUGAAGGCAAAGAAAUCAUCACUGCCAUGUAUACUCGAUAGAAAGAGAUGUCCUGUGCUGUGGAACACUAUAAAACAAGAGAACAAGGUACAGAUAGGUAAAAGUAAAUCAGGUGUGAAACAGACAAAUGUGUAUACUUCCUUACCUUCUCUAUCACAUCCUAAUUUGAAUUCAAGAAUAAAAGUAGGAAAAGAUAAGUCAGGAAUACCAAGGAGAUGCCUCCCACCACUGAAGCUCCAGAGGUCAUCAAAUGUCAGGAAAACAUCAUUUGCAGAGUCCAUUAAUGGAGAUAUUUUAAGCAAUGUAAUAGAAUCAAAACAUUUGCCACAGAAAAAGAAGGAAGAUAGAGAAAAUACAGUCUAUGUGAAAGAUAUAAUGGGCCUCAAAUGUAUCACUCUUAAAGGAAAGAAAACACCUUUUAAACACAUACUGCAUGGAAAAGAACCACAAUGGAAUGAUAAAGAACAAGAGAAAAUGAUUCAGGAAAAGAAAAGUGAUCUAGAUGCAGUUCAGAAUAAACCCCAUGCUUCCAUUCCUUCUUUACCUCCCCUGGAAUGGGGUCCUGGAAUAAAAGAAGUAUACAUGCGAGGAAUAACAGGAUUCUGUCUUCCAUCAUUAACACUCCAGGAAUUAUCACAUGCGAUGGGAAUAUGUGAGGAACCAAUUGACGAUAUUUUAAACAGUAUUAAAAAAGCAAAAUAUAUGCCACAGAAAGAUGAAAAUAGAGUGGAAAUGGCUUUGGAAGAAAUGAGACACCCCAAAAGAAUAGCUUUGAAGGUGAAGCAGUCUCCAUUUGCACAGGAAUUACAAUCAAACAUCAAAAAAAAUGAGAAAGGGAUGCAGGAAGAUAAAGAUAAACAAGUUGAAACUCAGAGCAAAUCUUGUGCUUCCAUCUUUUUUCCACCUUACUCUGAAGCAGAUACAAGAACAAAAAGAGAACAAGUCAUGCUAAUAAAACCAAGAUCUUCUUUUCUACAACCAAAACUCCAGGAGUCCUCAGAUAUAGGAAAAGUAGUAUAUAAAACAUCUAUUUAUGGUGAUAUCUCAAACGGUGUAAAAAAAGCCAAAGAACAUAUAAUGCAGGAAGAAGAGGAGAGAGUAAAAAUGGCAAAAGUCAUAGCUUCAAAUAAAAACAAAUCACCAAUUUCACAAGAAAUCCAGUUGGACAUCAAAGAGCAAGAGAAAAUGAUACAAAAAAUUAAAGGUGAACCAAAUGUGAUUCUGACCAAUACCAGCACUUCCAUACCUGUUCCUUCUCAUUUAAAAUUGGAUACAAGAAUAAAAAAAGCAGACUUUGUAACUGAAGUAACAAGAGACUCUCCUCCAGAACUAUCACACCAGAAAUCAUCAGAUGCAGUGAAAAAAGCAAAUAAAGAGUCCACUGAGGGUGAUGUCACAAGUGAUGUACAAGAAGCUAAAGAAUAUAUGUCACAGAAAGAAGAGAUCGAGAUAGCAGACAAGAAAGACAUAAUGCAUCCAAAAGACAAAGAUUUGAAAGGAAAGAAAGCAUUUUCACAGGACAUACUAUUGAAUCUUAAAGAGCAGGGGAAAGCAGAUGGAGAAGGUGAGGAGCAGGGGAAAGUGGAUGGAGACAGUAAAGGUGAACAGGUAGUUGUUCUGUCCAUAAAUUGGGCUUCUGAAUCUUCUCUAACUCAUCAUGAAUUGGAUACAAGAAUAGAAGGAGAGGGAGGUGUACAAGGAGUAACAAGAUCUGCUGUUUCCCAACUACAGCUACAGAAAUCAUUUGAUGCAGGGAAAAUAGCACAUACAACGUCAACUGGGGAGGGUAUCUCAAAUGAUGUAAAAAUAGUGCAAGAGUACGAGCCACAGAAAGGAGAGGAUAGACGAAACAUAGUAAAUAUGGAAUAUAUCAUGUACCCCAAAGGCACAACUUCCAAGGCAAAGAUAUUACCAUGUCCACAUGUACUUGGUACCACUGGGGAUUGUGGCCCCCAAAUUAGAGAAGUACAGAUCAAUGAAGAAGAACAAUUGGGACACAAACAGGAAAGAAAAAGUGAAGUUGAUGAGGUUCUGGCAAGACCUUCUGACCCUCAAUUUAAAUUAAACGAAGGUAUAAAAGACAAGGAAGAAAAACAAGGAGUAACAAGACCCUUUCUUCCACCCUCAUGGCACAGAGAAUCAUCAGAUGCAGAGAAAUUAAAACACACAGUGUCACCUUUGAAUGAUAUGUCAAGUGAUUCAAAAAGAACAAAAUAUGUGGUAUGGAAAGAAGAGGAUAAAGAGAAUAUUUUUGAGAAAGACAUAAUGCAUUCCAAGUACGUAGCUUUGAAGGCAAAGAAAUCACCCCUUUCCCAUAUACUCAACACAAGGAAACUGCAAGUGAAUAUCAAAGAGCAAGUGAAAGGGGGGCAGGAAGGUAACAAGGAAACAGUUGUGCUUCAGAGCAAAAUUUGUCCUUUCGCCACUUCUUCAACUCCUCCUAACUUGGACACAAUAAAAGAAGAGGCAGGUGAACCAGGAAUAAUAAAUUAUGUGUCACAUCUUGAGCCUCAAAAAUCAUUGCCUUUAGGGCAGAUAGCAUCUACAGAGUCAACUGAUAGACAUUUAAAGAAAGGAAAACAACAUGUGCCACAGAAAGAAAAGGACAGAGGACAAACAGUAGCCAUGAAUGUCUCCACACACCCCAAUGGCACAGAUUUCAAGGCAAAGACAUCACCACCUCAUCAUGUGUUCAGUGCCACUGAGCACAGUGCUCUGAGCAAGAGAAAGGAGCCUCAGUGGAGGAUUAAGGAGAGACUAGAACUGGAGCAGGGAAGAAUAGGAGACCCUGAUGUGACUCUGACAAAAACUCCUCCUUCCACGCCUUCUCCCUCUCACCAGAGAUGGGAUACAAGAACCAAAGCAGAGAAAGACUUGCUUGCAAUUACAGGAUUCUCUCCUUCACAAUUACAGCUCCCCGAGUCAUCAGAUGCAGGGAAAAUCAGAUACGCAGAUUCCAGUGGAGAUAUUGGCUCAUGUGAUAUAAUAAUAAAAGCUAACCAAAGUAUGCCAUACAAAGAGGCAAAGGACAGAGUAAACAUCGAAGACAGGAAAGGUAGAAUAUUUCCCAAAACAAUAACUUUGAGAGCAGAGAUAUCCCCACUUACACAUCCACUCAACAGAAAGGGACCACCUUUGAAUGUUAAAGAGCAAGGGAAAGAAGAGCAGGAAGGCAGAGGUGAGCCAGAAAUGGUUCUGAAGGAAACUUGUGCAUCCUUACCUCCUCCAUCUUACCAGAAAUGGGACACUAGAAUGGAUGAAAAGGAAGACACAGUAGGAAUAACAACAUCCUAUUUUCCACCACUAAAGAUUCAGGAUACAUCCAAGUCAGGCAAAAAAGCAUAUAGGAAGUCCUUUGAUGGUCAUAUGUUAAACGAGGAAGAUAAGCUCAUAACAGAUGUUGAAGACAAAAUGUGCCCAAAAUAUAUGGAUCUGAAGACAAAGAAAUUACCACUUUCACAUAUACUUGAUACCAAAAAAUCAAAGUGGAAAAUUAAAGAGCAGGAGAGAAAGGUGCAGGAAGAUAAAAGUAAGCUAGUUACAAAUCUGAAAAGCAUUUGUACUUCUUUACUUACGCUACCAUAUCUUAAAUUUGAUACAACAGAAGGGGAGGGGUACAUGAUAAGAAUUACAAAAUUGCCUCUCUCACAGCUACAGUCCAAGGAAUCAUCAGAUGCAGCAAAAAUAGCAUAUGCAGAAACAAUUGAUGGAGAACUUUCAAAAGAUGUAAAAGAAUUAAGAGAGCACAUGCUACAGAAUGAAGAGAGGAAUAGAGAGAAAAAUGUGAACAUGAAUAGUAUAGUGGAUCUCAAUGACGUGUAUUUGAAAGGAAAGAAAUCACCUAUUUUAUUUACAUACAAUCUAAGUGACCUUCAGUGGAAUACUAAAGAGCAAGAGGAGAAGGUUCAGGAAGGUAAACAUGAGCCAGGCGAUGUCAUGCUGCCUAAUACUUGUGCGUCUAGAUCUUCCCCACCUCACCUUAACGUGAAGACCAGAAUCCAGGGAGGGAGCAUGCUGAUAUUAACAGAAUCCUCUUUUUCCCCAGCAAACUUCCGGGAAUCAUCAGAUUCUGAGGAAGUAGUAUAUGCAGAGCCAAUUACUCAUGAUAUUUUAAUCAGUCCACAAAAAAGACACAAACGUAUGCCACAGAGCAAGGAAGAGAAUGGAGUGGAAACAGUAAACCUCACAUUCCCCAAACAUCAGGAAAAGAAGAUGCAGGAAAGUAAAGAUGAACCAGGUGUGGUUCUGAGCAAAUUUUCUGCUUCAUUACCAUCACUCCCUCACCUCAAAUUGUCUAAAGAAAUACAAGUAGAUGAUGAAAUGCUUAAAAGAUCUGUUUUGCAGAGAAUAUCAAAUGCAGGGGAAAUAGUACCUACAGAGUCAAUCAGUGGUGAUCUCAUGAAAGAUGUUCAAAACGAGAAACAACAUAAGCCUCAGAAAGAAGAGAGGGACAAAGAAAAAACAGUAGAUAUGAGAAGUAUGAUGGGUACCACAGAUAUAACUUUGAAGUCAAAGAAGUCUCCUCCUUCAAAUAUGCUCCAUAGAACAGAACUGCAUCUGCACAUUGGAGGGCAAGAACAAAAGAAACAUGAAGGUCAAGGUAAACCACUUGGUACGCUGCUGAGAAAAGUUUAUGUUUCCAAACCUUCAACUAACCUUACCUUGGAUAAAGGUACACAAGUAGAUGAAGAAAGCCUUGGAAUUAAAAGACCCUCUCUACUUCCACUAAUGCUUUCAGCAUUAUCAGAUGUGGACAAGAUAGCAGAGACAGAGGCAAUUGGUGGCGAUGUAAGAAAAAGAAAACAAUAUAUGUCUCAGAAAGAAAAAAAGUAUAAAGUGAAAACAGUAGAUAUGAGGAUUAGGAUGCAUCACAAGGAGGCAAGGAUUUCACAUAUCCUUAAUACAAAGGAAUUUGUGUUGAAUAUUAAAGAGCUGAAGGAAGGAGUGCACAAAGGUAAAGAUGAGCCAUGUAUGGUUCUGACAAGGACUUUUCUUUCCAUCCCGUCAGCGCCUCCCCUUUAUCUAGAUUCAAGGAGCAAACUAGACAACGAUGCACCAGGAAUUACAGGAUCCUCUCAUCCACAGCAAAAUCUCCAGGAAUCAUCAGAUACCCAGACAGCAGCAAUUAGAGAGCCAGUUGCUGGUGAUGGUGAAAUCCUUGUGGAAAAAGCAGAACACUCUGUGCCAUUAGAAGAGGCAGUGCAGCAGUGGACCUCAAACUUCAUGAUCAGUGUACAGCGAAGAGAGGAACCUCCACGAGUCAAAUCUGAAGGAGAUUUGAGACAGUUCCUUUUAAAUUCACAGCACGAAGACAUUUAUUUCACAGGAUUUGGUACCAUAAGAAGUGGAGAAAGGCUGGAAUGUUUUUUUACAGGGCGAGAGGCUCAGCCAGAAAAUUACAAAACAGAAACUUUUACUACAUUUCUUUCCUACCCCACAAUGGGUCCAACUAAAAUUGAAAAUCUGAAGAAAGAAACUGAAAUAAUGGAUAACUUAAACCAUAAAAUGAAUCCUCAGGUUUUAGUUUCACUGCCAAGGAAAAUAUCCAAGGAAAUACAUGUCACAGUUGGCACCCCUGUAAGUUCAAGAGGAUUUUCUGUUUCAGAGCGAGAUGCCCACCAACAAGAAAUUUUAUCAAAAGCAUCUCUAGGAUCUGCAGAUUCAUAUAAAUUUGAUAAGCCAGGGAAUGAUGUACAAAAUAAUGAUAAAAUAAAGAAAAUGUUCUCUCCUACAGUAUCAGCACCACAGACAAAGAGGUCACUUGAGAAAAUGAAUAUCAUAGAGUCGAAUACCCCCCAAAAUAUAGAAGAACAAGAAGUUGUCAUGAAAAAGCAAGUGGUACUACGGUCUCAAAGUGGACACAGGACCAGGUUGAACUCUAGCCUUUCUCUUAAGUUUCCACUUCAAAAUGGAAAGCAGAAGACACCAUUGGAAAUAGAUGUACACAAGCAAACUGUGGUGUACCCUGGAAUACAAAUACUACCAGGAAUACACAUGGAUAUUACAGAGUUUGAUUCCAUAAAAGGAAAAAAAGAGCAGGCAUUGCUUGUUCCAGAACAAAAGGAAAGUAUUCUAGCAUCACUUCAGAAGUCUUUUUACCCCCACUGGACUCUUCCGCUUCAAUCUGGACAUCUGGAGGAAAAAAAUGAAACUGACACUAGCACUACUAUAAAUCUGGUGCAGAAAAAAUUAGACAUGAAAGAAGGGAAAUUAAAAAUAGACACAAACAUAGCUGUCCAUCUGGAAGAGGACAAAUUAGAAAUGCGCAAACCCACCACUGUCAAUCUGGAGAAGCAGAAAACAAAAGUGGACACAAGCCGUACUGUAAACCUGAAUGCUCCAUCUCUAAAGAGAGACGAAUCUCAAAUUAACACUCAGGCUAUCACUCAUAUGGCAAACAGCCACUCAAUCAAGCAAAGAUACAAAAAGGAACUGGAAGCGUCUGGUGCAAAGCAAAACAUUCAGCUACAAAAAUUGUUUCAAAAACAUGUUCUGGAUUCAUUUUAUGCCUAUAUUCCUCUUUCUCCCAAAUUUGAAGGCUGGAAAGGCAGAUUAACAAUAGCAGAUUUUAAAAGAGAAUUGAGCCCCAAAUAUUUAACUAUAAGAAUGCCAGAUCAUCCAAUUUCACAUAUUCUUGGCAACACAGGACAUGGUACUCCAAGCAAUAGAAAGAAAUUAGAGUAUGACUUUAACAAACCAGAGAAAGUAGGUUCGUGCGGUGAAGAUGCCUCAGGGAUAUUUAUCAGAAGUCUUUCUAUUUCUAUGUUGAGUCCGUCUCAGUCUGAAGAAACAGUAGAAUCUGAGACAAACCUAAAAAGAGAAAAGAGAAUCUGUCUUUCUAAAUUCCUGGAGAAAUCACCAAACACUCGUGAAGUUGUUAAGAGGAACAGCUUGAGCACUUCAAAAAAAGGGGACCAGAAUUUUACAAACACAGUUCCACAAGAUUCCCAGCCCUUUGUAGUGGACGAGCAACAAAUGCAAAAACUUCCUUGUGUCAAAUCAGAAGCAAACUUCAGCAGUGAAAUAAAUAAAAAAACUUUAACUCCACAAACAAAAGAAAAGGCUGUUCCAGAGCAUGAUAUCUCAAGGACCAUAAAAGAACCUGACUUGCUUAUGGUGGAGCAAGAAGGAAAGGCACCAAAUCCCAUUCUGACACCCACAGAGUGUUCAUCCAUGUCUGAAGAUCCAAAGGAGAAUGUGGAAACCCACGUGAAAAGUACCAUCAGUAUGAGUAGUUCCCCUCCAGGAGUAGAAAAACCACAACAUGGGACUCAGCCAUUUGAUACCAUGGAGUGUGCCUCGCCACCCAAGCACAGGGAUCAGAGAGAACCCUUAUGGGACACAACCACACAAAAGGUCCAGCAACAAAAGAUGUUUCCAGGAACUGUGCCUGUACCACCCCAAGAGAAAAGUAAUGAAACAGAAAUAGUGGCAGAUAGCGUAAGUGCAGAAAGUUUACUUCUUCUUUAUAAAGCAAUUAAAAAUGUCUUUGAAUCCCGGGUAAAAAAUUUGAUCCAAGACAAAGUUUAUGCUGAUAUGCUAGAAAAAGUUAAAGCCCAUAAACCUGAUGAUUGGAACUCACCUUUUGCAGGGGGUCCAGAUACAACAUCCACAAAAAUACAUCCCAAAUUGCAGCCAAAACUCAUUUUAGAACGUUUUACUCCCAAAGAAAAAAAUAAGCUUACUAAUCAUUUAGAGUCAAAAGCACUUGAAAUAAAACUGAAUCUGAUACCAGAGAUAGCAAAACAAUCCUUCCAAAAGUUCAAUUUUUAUCCAAAAUGGGCUAUUUCAGAAGAUAACAAUUGGAGGCUCUAUCCGAGACAUAAAAAUAUGUGCUUUUUGUCUCUAAAAGGGAUUGAUACUAUAGAACUUAACUUAAAACACCAAUACCAAAAUGAUUCACCUCCUAACAGCUAUAUGAAGACACUGAUUGUUAAUGUUUCUGGUGGCAAUGAGGAGAUCUUUACAAAGGUAAAGAGUAUUAAUAAGCUAGAAAGUGGAACAUCUUUAGUGACUUCUGCUAAUGAGAUGCCAUUGCCUCAUAUUCUCCAAAAUUACUCAGUAGAAGAAAAAGACAAACUUCUUAGACACUUUUCUAUGAAAACAUUGGAAAUUCAAAUGAAAGCCUUUUCCAGAAUUGUAAGAGAAUCUUAUGAAAUAGCUGAUGCUCAGGAUAGAAGGAAACAUUUCUCUAAAUGUAUUAAGUCUGGUGUUAAAAUACCAAAAUGGAAAAACAGAAUUUUGUUACUUUUUGAUGAAAAAUCUCUUCAUCAAAUAGAUCUUGAUUUACAAUACAAAUACCUUCGUUUUCUCCUGGGGCUUCCAGGCAAAAGUAUGUUGCCUAAGCCAAAUGCACUUCCCAAACAUAUUCUUAAAUUAAACACCGCUGCGAUAUGUAAAUCAGGAGAUGAUAGUAGAGAAAGUGGUGGUCUUUCCAUUGAUACAGGACUAUUAGAAGAACAUACCUCUAUCAAAAAGCAAAAUCCCCGUGAAAACUCAUUAUUGACCAGGAAAUUCCUGGAACCAACUUGUGUGUGUGCUUCUGACCCUGAUCAACACGGCACAGUGCAGAAAAAUGCUACAGUUCUUUCAGAGUUAAAAUCUUGUAUGACUCCAGAAAAAGAUAAACAAUAUCAUGUAUGGUUUCAAGAAACAAAUGCAUAUGAAUCUUUUGAUUUAAAGACUCAGGAAAAUGCUCUUAGUUUAGCUGAUUCUCAUUCAAUUCAGAUUCCUGAAGAUUUUAUUGAUAGUCAGCCAAAUAUUGAGAGUUCAGCUAACUUGGAGGAAUGCUCACCUCUUAAAGUACAUGAGAGUGAAGAAUGUAUAUUUUUAGAAGCCAACCCUUAUUUAAAUCAGGAAUCACAAAACAUUCUACUUGAAUUACAGAAAGGCAUUCCCUUGAAAAAUCUCUUCAAGAUGAAAAAAAUCAAAACUGAUUUGAAACCAUUUUACAGUGAAAAUUCAGGUUCGCAUUAUAUUAGAGGCUGUAGAAAACAUUCCUCAGUUGUGACACCACCUUCCUACGAAUCCCACAAAAGCAGGAAAUAUAGGUCAUCCUCCAAAAUGCGAUCUCCUGAUUGUUUGUGUCACAGUUCAUUAAAUGCUGUGGAAGUUCCGUCUGUAUCAUCUUACAUUUCAUUCAGUGAAGAGAAGCUCUCAUGGACUACAAUGAGCAGAACAAGUUACUCUUUAGCUCCUUUAACGGAAUCAAAUAUUAAAUUACAUCUUGCAAAAAGCCAAGGCAAACCUCACAGGCAUCCAGAAAGCAAAGAAAGAAAGAAGGCCAAAUUUGAUUUAUUUAGAAAGAAUAACAUUCAUUGGGACUGUGAUUACAGUUGUACACAGAGUAAAGAGAAACACACAAGAAAGAAGAAAGUGUGUGAUUAUGAGUCAGAAAGAUCGGAUUAUUUCCCAAGGAAACAUAAGUCAGCAUCAAAACCUCACCAAGAGGAUUUCAACUUCCAUUCUGAAAGAAAGCAAGGCCAGCCAUUUUUUUAUGCCUGUACACCAGCAGACUCACUAGAGAUUAUACCCAAAACCAUUCGCUGGACUGUUCCUCCAAAAACUUUAAGGAAGAGAAACUUCAGAGUUCCCCUGGUGGCAAAGAUUUCAAGUUCUUGCAGUAUAUGGAGUUCCUCCAAAAAGUUGUUGGGGUCACUCUUAGAGUCCUUCAAUCCAGGUCAUCAAAAUUGAU